AUGGAGUCGAUAAGUAUGCUGCCAGAGAUCUUAUUGACCAAGUGGCAAAAUAGCUGGAAAUCACCAACCGAGAACGGGAUAUGGGCCUUCAGGCUGAUCAAGGACAUUAAACYGUGGUUCCAGAGGAAUCAAGGUGAGGUUUCUUUUCACCUGUGCCAAGUGCUAACCAACCAUGGGUGUUUCAACCAAUAUUUAAAAAGAUUCGACAAGUGGGAGACCGAUGAGUGUGCUCACUGUGGGGUAAGUCCUGAUAGAGCCGAGCACGCUAUAUUUUUAUGUGACGCUUGGUAUCACUGGCGACAAGAUGCGUGCAUCUAUCUGGGGAUAGAUCAGAUCACCCCAGACAACGUGGUUGGUAUUAUGUUGUCGUCAAAAAAGGCAUGGUGCAGAAUAGAACAACUUUUCACACGUAUAAUGAUGCGCAGAGAAGAGGAAGAAAGAAGGGUUCAGCACGGAGGAGGAGUUGGAGCCUGA